AUGAAGUUCUGCGACACCCUUGAACAGCAGCGGAAGCUGAGCCCCGUUGAAUGGAGUGCAUCCUUCUUGAACUACAAAUUGCUCAAGAAAAAGAUCAAGAUGAUGGCCAACACCCAGCCUGAAGGUCACGACACGCCAUCAGCCACGACGCCCGAAGCUUUGGCCAGUUCACAGCAAGAAGUCGAGUUCUUCCGCAUGAUGGACCACGAGAUACGGAGAGGCGCGCAAUUUCUGGCGCUCUCGGAGGGCCAGUAUGUCAUCAAGACCAGGAUUGUCCUUGACGGCUACCAGUCGACGCAGCACCUCCUGCAGAGCCCGAGGCUGGGCCUGGAAGGCAUGAUCUCCGACGAGACGGCGACGGAGAUGUGGAUCCGCCUCAUGGACGCCUGCACCAGCGUUUACCGGGAGCUGCUCCUGCUCAACCACUGGGUGAUCGUGAGCUACUGCGGGUUUAGCAAGAUUCUCAAGAAGCACGACCGCUGGACCCACUUCAACACCAAGGAAAAGUACAUGCGGCUUGUGGUGGCAAAGCAGCACUUCACCAGCUACCCCAAGCUGCACGCGAUGCUGCGCGACAUGGAGGCGCUGUACACUCAUAUUUCUAACCGGCUCCCGGAGUGCGCCGAGCGGGCCGAAGCCGAGGCGAGGAUGAAUGCGAUCAAGCAAGUGGUAGCCCUCGCGGCGGCGGAGUUUUCCCCCCACGCGGAGGAACUCACGCGCUGCAUUCAAGAGGACCACGACCGCCGCGAUAGUUCAGCGCGGAGCGAGACCGACAACGAGUCCCUCCCCGCCGCCGCCGCCGCCGCCGCGGCCCAAGAACCGCGGGAGGCCUCCCCCUCCCUCCCGCUCCCCCGACAAGGGCCAGACCACCACGACAACAAGGGCAGCGCGUUUGCGAGAGGCGAGAAAGAUCUUAGAGCCGGGCCCGGUCUCCUUCCCGGCCCUUACUCACCCGGCGGCGGCGGCGGCGGAGGCGGCGGCGGCGGCGGCGAUGCCAGCAACGAGGGGGGGCCUUUCGGCCAAGCGGCGGUUCAGCAGUCGAGGGCAGCGGUGGCAGCAGCAGAACGCUCUGCCGCCCGGAACAACGGAGGCGGUAGCGCGGCGGAGGCGUCGCCGUCGCCACCACCGGCCGCCGGCAAGCGGCGGAGGGUGCUAUCGAUCGAGGAGGAAAACCGCGCCGAGAUCGGGCGGCAUCAGGCGGGAGCCUUCCUGCUGGCUGCUGCAGCGGCCACCACCACUGCGGCCAUCGACCCCCCUGCUGGCGUCGCUGCUGCUGACGGCACGUGGCUUUCACACAUUCACAGCAACAGCAGCCGCGGUGGAAGCAGCAGCAGUGCAGGAUUUUUCGGCGGCGAGGGGGUCAGCAGCAGCUCCCGGAAGAUGGUCAUCACAACCACUAUCAGCAGCAGAAGCGGCAGCCGCGGCGGUGGCGGAGGAGUUCCUUUGGCGCGAAGCAAUGGCGACGCGUCGUCGGCGAUCAAGGUUGCCGCCGGGGUGGCGGCGGCGGCGAGGGGCGGCAUGAAGGUCGGGGUGACGGCAAGGUUGCGGAGCCCGUGGCGGCCCGGCGCGGGAGAAGGCCCGUUACUGGCUGUUGUAGGAGGGAAAGGACAAGGAGCAGGAGGAAGGGGAGGAGGAGGAGGAAGCCCGCUACUGCCUGGAGAGGGAAAGGGACAAGAGAAAGGAGGAGGGGGAGGAGGCCCUGCUCCUGCAGCCGCUGAUGUGGCAGCGGGCCAUCAGAACCCCGGUACGGGUCCGGCAGCGGAGACGUCACCUAGUGCGGUGCACCCGUCGUUCUGAAGGGCUGUAUACUGCUGUACUGCUGUAGCAACUAGGGGGGAGUUGAGUUCCCGUUGCUACUUCGUUUUGGAAGCAGCAUGCACAUCACCUUGCUAAGACCAAUGUACGACGUUAGACGCUUGAUUGAGUGGGCGCGCAUGCUUGAGAGGCUACCGCCCCCCUGCCCCGAGCGCGCCGCACGCCCGCGCGCCCUGCCAAGUAGGCGAGGAGAGCAUCUGGGGAAUAGAGAAUGUCUCGUGUUGUUUGUGAUGAAAUGUGCACUGCGGUGCAGCGGUCGCUCCUCGACCCUGCUGUUAGAAAGUGCACGUAGUCUCAAAGACGCGUGGUGGCAUUGAGGAAGGAGUUUGAUUUGUGGUUUCAUGACCUUGAUUUCGUUUUGAAUGUAGUUCGGCGUGCGCCGGCGAGAGAAAAAG